AUCCUUUCCCCGCCCCCCGCGGAGGCGAUUGGCUCCGUCACCGGAAGUCGCCGUGAGGUCGGGCAGCGUGCGCGGCGGUGUUCCGUGCUUGUCAGAGGCCGCCAUGUUUGUCCUGGUGGAGAUGACUGACACGGUGAGGAUUCCUCCCUGGCAGUUUGAGAGGAAACUGAAUGAGUCCAUUGCUGAGGAGCUAAACAAGAAAUUGGCCAAUAAGGUUGUAUACAACGUUGGUCUCUGCAUCUGUCUGUAUGAUAUUACAAAACUGGAAGAUUCAUACAUAUUCCCUGGGGAUGGUGCGUCGCAUACCAAAGUGCAUUUCCGCUACGUGGUCUUCCAUCCCUUCCUGGAUGAGAUCCUGGUUGGAGAGAUUAAAAGCUGCAGUCAGGAUGGCGUUCACGUUUCUAUUGGAUUCUUUGAUGAUAUUGUCAUCCCACCAGAAUCCCUGCAGCAGCCAGCAAAGUUCGAUGAAGCAGAGCAGGUGUGGGUGUGGGAAUAUGAGACAGAAGAAGGAGCCCACGACCUCUACAUGGACAUUGGGGAGGAGAUCCGCUUCCGAGUUGUGGACGAGACUUUUGUUGACACAUCACCAACAGGCCCAAGCUCUGCUGAGGCCUCCACUUCAAAUGCCACAGAAGAAGUCCAGAAGAAAGAAGCACCCUACACUCUUGUGGGAUCAAUCAGCGAACCAGGCCUGGGACUCCUGUCAUGGUGGACAAACAGCUAGCUGCAGUCAGUGCCAGCUCCGCAGAAAGUCUUUCCAGUGGAUGUUUGGGGGAUUACGGGAUCCUGCUGGUGCUCAUUGCUCCUUUGAAGCUGAAUGAGAAAUUAGACCUGCCAUUCUCUGUUUCCCCUUCAGCUUCCAACCUGCCAGAUCAAGACAGUUGCUUUCAAGAAAUGUCUUCACUGAUCUGCAGGAGUGAAUUUACAGGGACAAAAAGCCUUGAGCCCGGCAGCAACAAACCCAGCUGGAGCUUUUGUCUCCCGCCCUGGAGGGAAAACUGGGGAGGUCUUCACUUGCCUGAAUUAAGAAGGGAGGUGACUUCAAGUGAGUGAAAGUGGGAGAGAAUGCCUGUCUAGAUGUAUUGUUUCCUUGGCCCGACAGCUUGAUCUUAGAGGGGCAGAACCCUGCCGUUCUGGCAGGAACUGGAGAAGAAACAGCAAAAGACUGGAGCUGAGAAGUGUGGUACCCUGAGAUCUGGAAAAUCCUUCUGCUGGGAGGGCAAGGGAAGUGGUGGUAACAUUCUGCUGAGAAUGGGAACUUAACGCAUGGAUGAAAACAGCCAAAGAGAACUGGAACGAAAGUUGUUUACUCACAAGUAACGGGCUCUGUGAAGAUGACAGCCGUGGAAAAGGAAAGGCUGCUUAUUGUGGUGAACAGAAAUACUGCACGAGGUGGGCUUAUUUACUGAGAAUGAGCUAAACUUUGCCAGAGCCUGACUGAAAAUACAUAAUUAACAACUGCAAUGGACCUGUGUUUGAGCAAGUUAAUGAUGUCUGGGGGACCGUGUUAAUACUGGAAUUGGAAUAAAUAGUAAAAGCCACACA